AUGAAAGAGAAACCACAAUCAACAUUACAAGCAUCAACUGAAAAAAGAUAUCAUCCCUAUGAAACUCAUCCUAAAGUAAAUGGGAAUGAUGAUACUCAUAGAGAAAAUGGCCAUUCCGAUCGAGCCUCUCUAUCGGAUCAUCAGCAACAACCAGCUGAUACACAAAUGAUGAUGGACGAUCAAUUACUUGAAUUAAAUGUUGCUCAUCAACGAACAUUGGUGAUUCAAGACGACGUAACUUCAACACCAACACCUGAAGAAUACAUUUCUGAUUUAGCUGCCAAAUUUGAUAGUCCUUCUCAUGAUAUUGAAAUUUAUAUGUGCCGCCAAUUAAUUCCAUAUGAUAUCAUCAUGUACAUUCUACGAUUUUUAGAUUUAAGAAAUAUUACACUGGCAAGAUUAUUGAGUAAAAAAUUAUGCCAACAAAUUGAUGAAGAUAGAAAUGGAAUUCUUUGGAGGCAUGUGACUAAGAAGCAAGAAUGGCUCUCAAAUUUGCAUUGUAAGAAUUUAGUUUUGGAGUUGAACAAAAGAAAACACAAAUGGAUGAGAUUUUUGUCAAUAUUUUCUGAUAAUGAAUGCGAGUGGGAAAACUCUCCCAAUUACCAUGAAGACAUUACAAACAAAUUACUUCUUUGUACCGGACCAACUGAAGCUUUAGACAUAGUGCAAGACACUAAAUAUAAUAUCACAACAAGCACAAGAAAAUAUACUGCAUUAAUGAUGGACGAUUUGAAAAAUGUUAGUUGUGCUUCAAGCUAUCCAAUCACAAGUAACACUGUCAAGUUUUUUGAAGUCACCAUCGACAAAAAAAGCUCGACUUGGAAUAUUGGAAUAGGAUUGGCUCAAAAAGAUUUUCUUCUCUCGAAGAGAAAAUUUGUAGGCUUUAAUGCACAAAACUUUGGAUAUAGCUCCAAUGGCUACAUGAGACACUUUUGUACACGCACUCAGGCCAAUUACGUUCAACAUGCUGGAUUUCCAUCUUACGGCUCUGGAGACAAAAUUGGAAUUCUGGUGGACAUGCCUAGCGAAAGAGUGAAUAUUUAUUUAAAUGGAGUGUUUUUGUACACAUUUGAGAAAGUUCUACUAGAGAACCAAGAGCCUCUUCGCAUUGUGGCAACGCUUCAUACGCAGUAUGAUCAAGUAACGCUCUCACAUCAACAAGAUUGCAUGUUUGAUGUUGAGUCGCUUUUACAAAUUUAUGACUCUGUCGAGCAGAGCUUGGAAAAUUACAUGAACGCAUUGAGGAAUGCAAAAGAAAAUUUCAUGAAUCACAUUCAUCACUUGCUGUCGACAUGUGAUAGAGCAGAGGUUUAUGAUAUGCUUACAUCUCUAAUACGUAGCAAGCUUGCCAGCUAUUCCUCCGAACAAAGAUAG